GUGUAUGUGUGCUGCUAGUUGUGUACGUUUUCUGUGCACGUGAAUGUGCAAAUGUGAAUAUGUUGCACAACGGUGCAUCCUGCGUAAGGGAGUAUGUACUAUGGUCACACAAUGUUGCUCCGUGCCAGCGGGUCGUCAGGCUGAUAGAGGGAAACGAUUGGCAUGUGUGCAGUUUGUAAAGGUGGCCGGUUAAAGCGAAACCCAUUUUGAUGUACGUAUGAUCGACCGAUGUGCACGAUUGUGUAGCGAUUUGUGAUAAUAAUUCGAAUCGUGCACUUUGUGAGUUAAAGUGUGUGUGUGGGAAGAAAGAAAGAAAUAAAGAUUGGAGAAAAAAGAAAAGCUUAACGAAAAAAAUAUUACAUUGAAGUGAAACGGCAAUUAUCAUCAUGGUAUGUGCGAACAGGAUGUGGAAUAUCAGAAUAACGUUAUUGUUGGGUUUCUUCAUUUUGUGGAUAAGUUGCGAACUGACAGCCGCUUUCGAUUCGCAUCUCCGGGGACCUUCGUUCGUGAUGGAGCCACCGUCUCGGCUCGAGUUUUCCAACUCGUCCGGCGGUUGGCUGGACUGUUCUGCCUCCGGAAGUCCUCAACCCUCGAUCGACUGGCUGUCGGUGGAUGGGACGUCCGUCGGUGAUGUCGGUGGCGUACGGCGGGUGCUGCGCAACGGGACACUGGUGCUGUUGCCGUUCCCUGCCGCUGCCUACCGGCAAGACAUCCACAGUACAAUCUAUCGAUGCGUAGCGUCAAACACCGUCGGACGGGUCAUCUCGCGGGAUGUACAGGUCCGGGCAGUCGUUGCUCAAGCGUACAAAGUUGACGUUGAAGUGUUGGCAGCUUCCCGCGGUUGUACCGCGAUCCUGCGUUGUGUAGUGCCUAAUUUUGUUAAGGAGUUAGUAAGGGUCGUUUCCUGGGUACAGGAACCGGCAUUCUACAUUUAUCCAUCCCUGCAAGGAGAUGGCAAGUACCACCUGCUACCGACGGGGGAGCUGCUGAUACACAAUUUAGAGUAUAACGAUCGCUACCCAUCCUACCGGUGUCGGACGAUGCACAAACUUACGCGGCAGGUCGUCACAAGCAAUUCGGCCAAGAUACGCAUGAAUGAACAACGAGGAAUAGUUUCGCCAAGUGUCGUCGAGCAUACGUCGCAUGUUGCCGUUUCGCAGGACGAAGGUGCAGUGUUGCUGUGUGUCGCCCAAGGUUGUCCAUCGCCCGAAUACCGAUGGUACACGCACAACGGGCCCGAACCAAUUCCCGUCUCGUCCGGUCCACGGAUACGACUGCUCGGUCCAGUCCUGGCGAUCGAAGCCGUCACCGCCGAGGACGGUGGUGUGUAUAAAUGUUCCGCAUCGAAUGCGGGUGGUGAAGCCAGUGCCGAUCUGCGGCUUACCGUCUCGACACCGAUCCACGUGGAAAUUACACCGAACGUGCUCAGUGUGCAUAUGGGUGGGACGGCCGAAUUUCGCUGUCUCGUCACUGCCAACGGAAUGUCGGCCGGUCCGCAACAUAUCACCUGGUUCAAAGAUGGCCGCCAACUGCCCAGCUCCGGACGGGUCGGUGAUACGCUACAGGUGACCGGUGUAACGCGCGAAGACAAGGGCAUGUAUCAGUGUGUGGUACGUCGACAGGAAGGUGAUUCUUUUCAAGCUUCCGCCGAACUGCAGCUAGGAGACGCACCACCUUCACUGGUGUACAGCUUUAUCGAACAAACGCUUCAGCCCGGACCGGCCGUUUCGCUCAAAUGUUCGGCCCAGGGAAACCCAACGCCACAAAUCUCCUGGACGCUGGAUGGAUUUCCGCUACCGACAAACGGCAGGUUCAUGAUCGGUCAGUACGUAACCGUGCACGGGGAUGUCAUCAGUCACGUCAACAUUAGCCACGUGAUGGUAGAGGACGGUGGCGAGUAUUCAUGUGCCGCGGAAAACCGUGCCGGUAAAACGUCACACUCCGCCCGGCUUAACAUCUAUGGAUUACCGUACAUUCGCCUCAUACCGAAGGUGACGGCCGUAGCCGGUCAUACACUGUAUCUGAAGUGUCCCGUAGCAGGCUAUCCGAUUGAAGAAAUUCACUGGGAACGGGGUGGCCGUGAGCUGCCGGAAGAUAUGCGCCAAAAGGUACAGUCGGACGGUACGCUCGAGAUUAAGGAGGUGCAGAAAUCGCUCGACUCCGGUGUCUACACCUGCUGGGCACGGAACAAACAGGGUCACAGUGCGAGACGUAGCGGCGAAGUAGCGGUCAUAGUUCCGCCCAAGUUGAACCCGUUCCAUUCGUCCAUCCUUUCGCUGAACGUUGGCGAUCGGGCAUCGAUUACCUGUUCCGUCAUCAAGGGCGAUAUACCGCUGACCAUCACCUGGCGCAAGGAUGGCCGACCGAUCGAUCCUACCCAGCGCAUGUCCGUGACGCAGGUCGACCAGUACAACUCGAUCCUGCUGAUCGAGAAUCUGUCCGCCGAUCAUACCGGCAACUAUUCGUGCGUGGUUCGCAACACGGCCGCCGAAACUGAAGGCCAUCAGUCGCUGUUGGUUAAUGUUCCACCCCGUUGGGUAGUCGAGCCGACGGACGUGAGUGUCGAACGGAACCGCCACAUUAUGCUUCACUGCCAGGCACAGGGAGUCCCCGUACCGACCAUUCUUUGGAAGAAAGCAACAGGAAGCAAAUCCGGUGACUACGAGGAGGUACGAGAGCGACCGUAUACGAAGCUACUUGCCAACGGGUCGCUAUUGCUUCAGCACGUAAAGGAAGACCGGGAAGGGUUUUACCUCUGUCAGGCAAACAACGGCAUUGGUACCGGCAUCGGGAAAGUUAUUCAGCUGAAGGUUAACUCUUCUCCUUACUUUGCCGGACAAUCGAAGAUGGUCACCGUGAAGAAGGGUGACACUGCGAUCAUGCAGUGCGAGGUGAAGGGUGACAAACCGAUCAACGUUGUUUGGUUGCGCAAUGGGAAGCACGAGCUAAACCCUUCCACGAACUAUCGCGUCUCGAUUAAGCAGGACGCCACACCGGAAGGCAUAUCUGCCGAGGUGCAAAUAUCAAACGUGGACAGCAGUGAUAGUGGGGCAUACUUCUGUCAGGCUAGCAAUCUGUACGGUCGCGAUCAGCAGCUGGUACAGCUACAGGUGCAAGAACCUCCCCAACCACCAUCAUCGCUUGAGGCGGCCACCGUAUCGAGCAGGGUAGUGAACCUCAAAUGGCAACCGCGCGGUGGUGACGCAGCCGAAGUUUCCAAAUACAUCGUGGAGUAUCGCGAAAUCGAUCGACAGUGGCAGUACAUCGAGAUAUCGGAUCCGCCCGCCUAUUCAACCAUCAUCGAGAACCUCAAACCAGCGACCAACUAUGUGUUCAGAAUAAUCGCCGAAGGGCCAGCUGGUCGCAGCUCACCGAGUCAGGAACUGUUCAUCAAAACUGAUCCGCAGCGGCCAGCUGGACCGCCACUCAAUCUCGGCGCAAGACCAAUUUCCUCCACCGAAAUACUCAUCAGCUGGAUGCCACCGUCGUACGAGCUGCGGCACGGUGAAAUACAGGGCUACAACAUCGGUUACCGUUCGAUGCAUGCGACCACCAACAGCUACAACUUUACCUCCAUUUCGGGUGAUGGGGAAGAUGGUACGGGUGAGCUGCUGCUGGGCAAUCUAGCCAAGUACACGCGCUACACCAUCGUGGCGCAAGCAUUCAAUCAGGUGGGACCGGGCCCACUGUCCGAACCAGUCACCGCCCAAACGAUGGAAGAUGUGCCGAGCAAACCGCCCGAAGAUAUUCGCUGUAUGGCACAGAGUUCGACCUCGAUUCAGGUGUCGUGGCAACCGCCGCAAGCACACCACACGAACGGACUGUUACAGGGUUACAAGGUGUUCUACGAGUGUGCGACCGAAGAUGCGAUCACUAGCGGCGAGAUGGAGACGCGCAAGACCACUUCGUUGACGAUACAUCUGUCGAACUUGAGGAAGUUCUCCAACUAUAGCAUCCAGGUGCUGGCGUACACUCGCAUGGGUGACGGUGUCAUCUCUCCACCGUCCUUCUGUCACACCGACGAAGAUGCACCCGAGGCACCGGCAGAUAUUAAGAUCGCGAUCAGCUCGCCAUCAUCGCUGUACGUGUCGUGGCUUCCGCCACGCGAUCCGAACGGUAUCAUUACCAAGUACAACCUCUACAUGCGAGCGGUCAAUGGAAGAGAAGAGUUGAACAACGACAAACGGAACCUGCAAGCACAUCAACACCAUUUCGAAGCGAAACAACUGCAAAGCCACACCGAGUACCAAUUCUGGGUGUCUGCAUCGACGCGCGUGGGUGAAGGCAAGAGUUCACGCGUCGUGUCACAGCUGACGUCAAACCGUGUCCCGGCGAAGAUCGUUUCAUUCGGCGGACUUACCAUCCGACCCUGGAAGUCGUCCGCAUCGCUGAACUGUAUGGCUGUCGGGCAGCCAAGGCGCGAAUGGUUCAAGGGUGAUACUUUGCUACGUCCCGGCACUCAGCACAACAUACAGCUGCUCGAUUCUGGGGAAAUUAUCGUGACAAUGUUGCAGACGAGCGAUACCGGUAACUAUACCUGCCAGGUGGACAAUGGAAUCGGUACGGAUCGGCUCACGCACAAUCUGCUGGUACAAGUUCCUCCCGGACCUCCGGUACUGUACGUAACGAGUGCGACCUCUAGCAGUAUCCUGCUGCACUGGAAGAUCGGCACGACUGGUAAUGCACCGAUCACUGCAUUUUCCCUCCACUAUCGGCGAGUGCACGGGAAUUUGGAGGAGAUGCAACUAUCCCGCCAUGCCUCCAGUCACGAUCUGAAGGGACUGUUCUGUGGCAGCACGUAUCAGGUGUACUUGGUAGCGCACAACAAGAUCGGUUCAUCCUCUGCCAGCACGACGUUGAACGUGAAAACUCAAGGCCAACCGCCGGGCAUUCCACCCGACUCGGUACUGAUAGCACCGAACUCAACCUCCGUAGUGUUACGGCUCAACGGAUGGCCCGACAAUGGUUGUCCCAUUAUGUACUUUGUGCUGCAGUAUCGUUCCGUUUCGACCGGGCUGGAUGACGAGUGGCAUCUGGUAUCGAAUGCGCUUAAACCUCAGCGACGGUUCACACUGUCCGGACUGCUGCCGUCGACCAUGUACCGGCUAAAGAUGGAGGCACAUAACGUAGCCGGUUCGACCAAUGCCGAGUAUACGUUCUGGACGCUCACCAAAGACGGAGACCCACCACCACCAGAACUAGUACAAAGAGGACAUCGUUCUCAAAUUUUUUAUAACAAUAUUCAACUCCUGAUACCGAUCAUCAUCACCAUCACCGCCACCAUCAUUUGCAUUGCGUUUACGGUAGUUUGUUACAAAUAUCGUCAAAGAGGUCGGCAACGAAAAGACACGAUGGAAAGUCAACAAACGACCGAUGCACAACGGGAUCGCUACUAUGCUACAAUCCAUAAGGUAGCACUGCAAGCUGGUGACAAAAUACCAGAAACAUCCGAGGACAUCUCGCCGUACGCCACGUUCCAGCUUUCCGAAGCUAGCACACUGGCCCAACCACAUCACAGCGGGCCGGCCAACACACUGCUCCAUUCCUUCAUGUACCACGAACGCGCCAUGACCGAGGGUUGUGCCUCGCCACCACCAGCAGCGGUACUGAGACUUCACAAUCAAUCACCAUACUACAAUAUUAAUUCGUCCAAGGGCCGCCGGAGACACUCGCGCAAAACGGAACCCGAAAGCGAAGAGUCCGAUUCGGACCCAGAUCAGUUAACCUCCAGCAGAACCGAAUCGUCCAACCAGCUGGACGCGAAGAUGAAGCACAGUAAGGAACUGGACGUGGCGGCGGGCGGCCCAGGCGACCACGGCUAUAACCCGAACCACUAUAUGCGUUCUAUUCCAGGUCUCAUAUAUCACGGCACGCAAUCGAGCACAUCGUCCGAUUUGUCGCCGAUGUCCGAACAAAAGUCGUUACCUCGGCGUGGCCGUUCAAGUCAAAGUCAAACGCACCACAUCUACAUGCCCCGGGGUACGAUGCGAUCGUUGCUGACGCCGCUCCAUCUGCCGGACGGUAGUGAACCGGGCGGUGGACCCCUGUUCCAUCAGGUCCCGAUCGAGGGUGGUACACCGGAUCGGAUCGAACUGUCCGAGGCAGAGUGUGACAUUGAUACGAUCAAGAAGCUGAAGCUGGGCAUGCGCUCGUCGCUCUGGUCGAGACCGAACCAGAGCAACAGCACUACCGGUGCAUCGAACGUUAACAGCAGCAACAACAACAACAACAAUGGCAGCGGCAACAACAACGUUGGUAGCAACAACAAUAACAACAACGGAAACAGUGGCAUCGUGGGCAGCAUCAUGGGUGGAACCGGUGGAGGUAAUGCGACGGGUCAUCCUUCCGAUUACUCGAUCGCAGUAUAAGCACACAGCUCGAUGCGCAAAUCAAAAAUGGCAACCAUUUUGUGAAACUCUUUUCCGUUUACUAAGUGUGUAAGUAGCGACGGAUUGUUGUAGCAGGAACCAGGAAUAGUAGAAGAAAAGGAAUACUAAUGAGGACGUCAUCAUCAACGUCUCACCUUCGGUACGGGGUGUUUUUGCAAACAGUGACCGUAUUUCCACACUAUCCGGUUGCUACCACCGAUAUACAGCGUGCUGGGUGGAGCACAGCCAAUCAAAACUAGAUAAUGUUUUAUAUACACUUAAACGAACAAUUUGCACCUAUACACUAGCAAAAACAACUCAACACAGGGGAAAACAAGAGAACUGGUUGAUGAAGAUCGUGCAGCAAGAUAAUCGGGGAUCGUAAGAAAAAAGAACAGAAGCCAAAAGCAUCCAUUUCUUAGGCUAGCUAGCAGUAAACUAAAUCACACCUAGAAUCGCCCAUUGGAGUACAGCAGUUCCAGGUUAGAUUACUAGUGCGCUCGGUCCAUAUGUCAAUGGCAGUUGAGGCGAGCGAAAGGUUGCGUUUGUCACCUGCAACACCUUCCAUUAUGCUCGCCAGUCUGUUUACAAAACCUGAUAACAUGCGCGUGCCAACAAGUUAACUUCCUUCGCUCUUAUUGGUUGCCUUCAUACCUACACUAUAAGUCCCAGAAGCUUUAACUACGUUACUGACGUUUAGAGACAGAAUGAUUACUCUACAUGCUAUCACAAUUUAAUUGGCCUUUAACUUUCGCGGGACUUGCCGAUCGAAACAAGCGCCCCAUAUCUCUCGGAUACGUUAUGCAUUCUUAUUUAGGUUGGGGAGAAAAGAGGAACUUCAUUAUUUUUGGCGUGAAAUAAAAGAGUUUAUUGAAGAUGUUUCUGGGUCAAAUAUGAACCGUACUGUAGCAUAAUUUGUUAUCAUUUUCAUAAUGCCUUUUUAAAGUUUUUCGAUAUUCUCUUAUGUUGAUCGAAUUUCUGAUCACUAAAGAAGUUUUGUAAUGCUUGAAAAUAGUGAUAAAAUGGUGUAGUUGUUGAUAGUAGAGAUCUUAAUUUCGUGUCCAUACGGAAGCAACUCAUAAUAAAUGAUUUCCUUCCACUCCCACCAACUACACUAGUGUUAGUGUACUGUUUUGGUCACCAUUUGAGCUGCUUCACCGCAUCACCAUUGAUCACGAUGGACACUGGUCGAUCUUUAAUCGACAACUUCAAUUAUUCAGGUUACUUGAAUAGAUUUUGUCCCCAACCUAGUACUUUCUUCGGCUA